AUGUCGCUUCACGAAGUGAUCUCACAUCCCGGUGAGCACGAGAAGGAUAUCAAGACCUUCGAUCAACAUCACGAUACUUUGCCUAAUGUCCCUAAGGCUACUGUGGAAUCUGGAGCUCAAGUCAAAGAUGUCAAAAAUGCCGAAUUAUACGCUGCUAUCCACGAAAGUCAAAUCCCUCGAUGGAGCAAACGAUCCAUCCACCUCUACUUCGCCGUCUUUGUCUCAUUCUGUUGCGCGUGCGCAAAUGGUUACGAUGGUUCACUCAUGACGGCCGUUCUCGCUAUGCCUCACUUUCAAAACACUUUCCACAGUGAUACAACUGGUCCCAAAGUCUCUGUCAUCUUCUCUUUAUAUACUGUCGGAGCCAUGGUUGGUGCCCCUUUCGCCGCCAUCCUUUCCGACAAAUUUGGACGACGCAGGGCCAUGGUCUGCGGUAGUAUCGUCAUCAUUGUCGGUAUGAUAAUCGCAGCUACCUCAAAGCACGUCCCACAAUUCGUCGUCGCUCGAUUCAUCCUUGGUUUCGGUAUAGCUAUCAUGACAGUUGCUGCGCCUGCAUACUCCAUCGAGAUUGCUCCUCCUCAUUGGCGAGGAAGAUGUACAGGUUUCUACAAUUGUGGUUGGUUCGGUGGUUCCAUCCCUGCUGCUGCGGUGACAUACGGAUGCAACAACAUCGAUUCCAACCUCUCUUGGCAAUUGCCUUUAAUCUUCCAAGCAUUUGCCUGUCUCAUCGUGCUCAUCGGUGUAUGGUUCAUCCCUGAAUCACCUCGAUACCUCAUGGCCAAUGGAAAGGAAGAUGAAGCUGUAGAGUUCCUGGUCAGAUACCAUGGUGCGGAUGAUCCCAACUCGAAGUUGGUCCAUCUCGAAAUCGAAGAGAUGAAAGAAGGUAUCCGAUUAGAUGGUAUAGACAAAGUCUGGUGGGAUUACCGACCCCUCUUCCUCACUCACAAUGGUCGAUGGAGGAUGGCUCAAGUCAUCAUGAUUGGUGUAUUUGGACAAUUUUCAGGAAAUGGUUUGGGUUACUUCAACACUGUCAUCUACGAGAAUCUGGGUGUUACCAGUGUAUCGAAACAACUCGCAUAUAACUUGCUCAAUUCUGUUGUCUCGGCCAUUGGUGCUCUUACUGCUGUAUCUCUCACGGAUGUCAUGAACAGACGACCAGUGUUGAUCAUCGGUACCUUGGGUUGUGCUAUCACAUUGGCGAUCAACUCUGGUCUGUCUGCCAAGCUCGAUUCUCAAACCCAGAGUGGCAACGUCACUCAGAGUGUCGCACAAGGAGCUCUCGCAGCGUAUUUCCUGUUCAACAUUGUCAACUCCUUCACUUACACUCCUCUCCAAGGAGUAUUACCUUCUGAGGCACUUGACACCAAUAUGAGAGCUAAAGGAUUGGCGGUCUACGGAUUCGUCGUCAACGGUAUGGGGUUCAUCAACCAAUUCUGUGGACCUAUCGCUCUUAGGAAUAUCGGCUAUAAAUACAUCUACAUCUUCGUCGGAUGGGAUGUUAUCGAAGCUAUCUUAUGGUACUUGUUCUGUGUCGAAUCACAAGGUAGGACCAUCGAACAACUCGAAUGGGUGUACAGCCAGCCCAAUCCGGUAAAAGCUUCCCUCAAGGUCGACAAGGUAGUCAUAGAAUCUAGCGGAAAGGUGGUAGAGAAAGUCGAGGCUUAG